AUGACUUCAGACCUGCCAGAAUGGCCCUCAUCAGUGAAUCAACAAACAAGUGUUGGCAAGCUUGUGGAGGAAAGGAAAUUGUCAUGUUCUGCUGUGUGCUGCUUCACCUGGUGUGAGAUCAUUGGCAACAAAUGGGAGGCCUACCUGGGGCUGCUGCAGGCCGAGUACACUGAGGAGGUCAACCUGGACAUGCUGGGCCUGAAGAGCUACUGCUGCAGUUGUAUGCUGCUGGCCCUCACGGACCUGAUAGACAAGCUGCUUGACCAGUGUUCCCUGAAGAAGUGA